AUCGUGCAUGGGAUCUGGCAUCCAGAUUCAAUGCCCUUGCUUCAUCUCUCUGCGAUGCUCCAGGAGGAAAAACUGUUGGUCCGCGUGCAGGAAAGAGGGUCGCAGAGUCAGCCACAUCUCCAUACGGAACCAUUUUCCAUGCCAAUCGUGAUGGCGGUUCCGAACUUCAGAACUACUUAAAGUAAGUUUCGGCCGAUGGAACGGAUGGAACGAAGCAUAUUUGAACGGUCGACUGCCCCCCAAGUGAAUGGUUCGCAUAUUCUGCUUCAGUGGACGUUGACAUUCCUAUUCCCCCCUUCUGCAAGUCAUCCGAGCGGGAGACAAAGAGUCUUGGGGUGUCUGGCGGUUGGGGGAAAGUUGAGUUGGCCCUGCUGGUCAGGCAGACAAACCAGUCAACUUUCUUUCUCUCCAAUAAUCUCCUCCGUCUCUAUCCCUCCCUUUCCCGAUCUUCUCCCCGCCUCGGCCGAAACAUCCAACGGCUUCAACUGGUCCAGCCAGUAUCGAACCUCAAAUCCCGUCACAUUCUUCGUUAACCUCCCCCCUCGAUACGUUUCUAUUGCAAAGUGCCUACUAGAUAUUCUUCUAAGCACGGACCCUGUAACAUCACCUUCCCGCCUCCUUGCUCAAGAAGCAGCGGACAACAAACAGUGCGUCCCCGAAAAUGUCCAACCAUGAACCCCCUCUGGACGGCGGACGCGAAAGAGAGUUAUCGCUAUCUGAAAAAACUGAUACAGUGAGCCAAAUGUGCCGAAACUCUUGGCCACGGAGCCUCCUCCCUAGAACGCGCUUGUGAACGAUUCCCA